UUUAUUUCAUGAAAUACUUACCUGACAUUACAUUUAGGAUUUCAUUUCGUCCUACCUUUUGAACUCGCUUAACCGGAAGUGUGCAUUUGUUUACAUCCAUAAUGCAUUGAAACAAAUAACUUCCUGAAGUUUUAACCAACCAGAACACACUUCCGGUAUUCCCACGUGAAAUCAGUUUUUCGUUUUUUGCGCCUACCGUUUAGAUGUACUUUUUGAGCUCGUUUACUAGUUUUAUUUUUUAUUUUACGGUGGUUAUUGUUGUGUGUUGGAUUAUGGCUCAAGAAGCAGUGAAUUGCGUCUUGGAGCGCGAAGAAGGAGAGAUUUCUGAUAAUUUUUCGCCAGGCCAUGUGACCGAUAAUGGCGAGUCAUCAAUGUUUCGGGCUAAAUUGCCGCAUAAGAAACAGUCGGAUCACGGUAAAGAAAAACAGAAACGUAGAUCCAAAUAUGACAUUUUAGAGGAAAAAUUUAAUCAGAAAUUUGAAUCUAUUGAUGACAAGUUUGAUAAAUUAUUCAGUCUGUUUCAAUCUUCGAAUAUUCGGGAUACUUCGCCAUGUACCGAUGUGCAAGAAGAUGAGACUCGUAACGUAAAUUCGCAACAAGAUGUUUUAUCUUUAUGCGGGGAUAGUACUUUAGGUUCCGACACAGAUUCGGAUAGUGACAGAGAUUUUCACAGAACACGUGUUCAGAAUUCUGUUAGAAAAGUUUCGGAUUCAGAAAAUCUCAGUGAGCAUACUAAAUUGGGACUGUAUGAAAUUUUUGGUGAGGAUGCCAAAGUUUUAUCAGAGAAGGAAGAUGUUGGUAUUACCUUAGACCAGUCUCAAAAAGAUGUCUUGUAUAACAGUUACAGGUGUAGUACUCCUUUAUUUUUGACUUCAUACAAUGAAAAUGUUCUUGAUAUGUUUCCUGUUAAAAGUGACACUGAACAAUUUUUACAAGUGCCGCCAGUGGAUCCUUUGAUAGAAAGUUGUUUGAUUAAACGACAUGGUCCCAAAGCAGCAUUUUCUAGCUCUAAGAUAAGAGGUAAAGGUUUAUACUCGCAACCUUAUAAGACUAUUGAAAGACUUGCAUAUAAAGGUUCUCAUGCCGCUAGAUUAGGUAUUGUUAUUCAGCUGUAUUUACAACAAAGCCUUGGUGAUUUACUUAGUUUUGUUCAGUCUGACAGUUUUGAUAAGGAUACUGCAGAAAAGCAGAUUAAGGAUGUGUUCUCUAUGGCCACUAAGGGUUUAGACCAGCUAGGAAGAGCAGGUGCUUUUCAUCAUAUUAUAAGACGUCAUGUUGCUAUGUCUGAUACAGCUUUGUAUGAAUUACCAGAUUCACAAAAAUUCCUCAGUUUACCUUUGACAAAUGACGGUUUGUUUGGUACAGAACUUGAAAAUUUAUUAAAAUCAAGGAAAGAACAGAAAAAACAGGUGGAUGAUUUGGUACCUGAUGUUAAGAAGAGGGAGUUUCUUAAGAGGAAGCCUGUCUCUUCUACGACUGUUCAAGACACAUCAAAGCGGCCUUGUUUUUCGCAAAAUAGAUCUGUUUCCUCUGAUAAUUUUCGGAUCCCCAAGGUUCCAAGACCUUCAACCUCAGGUUACAAUAAGCAGGGAAGUGACAGAAAAGGCAACUUCAGUAGACCUAGUGCAACUGAGUCCUUUCCACCAAGGAACUUUGGCCGAGGACGUGGUAAAACAGAUCGCAAAUGACAAGGUUCGCUGAAGAAGGCACCAUAUGAACCCCUUUGUAAAGCGUCUUUGAAGUUUUUAACAUGGAAAACGUGUUUCCUGAUAGCAGUUACAUCAUUUAGACGUUGUAGUGAUCUUCAAGCUCUUAGGUUGGGGGAAAGUUUUGUUAAUGUGCAGAAAAAAGGUAUAACUUUUAUUAGGCCAGGUUUGUCAAAGCAAGAUCGGCCAAAUCACAAGCCUACUCCUAUUUUCAUACCAAGUUUUCCGGACAACAAGAAACUAGAUCCCAAAAGAUGUUUAGCUUUUUAUUUAAAAAGAACAGAAAAGUUUAGAAAUAAGUCUGGACAGGAUAUUACUCAGUUAUUUUUAUCUUCUAAAAAGCCACAUCAACCAGUUUCAUCUCAGACAAUAUCUACAUGGAUUGUUAAAACGAUAAAACAUGCAUAUUUGAGUAGUGAGAAAAGUGUUAAAUCUAUUAAAGGUCACUCUACCAGAAGUUUGGGUCCUUCAUGGGCUCUUUUCAAAGGGGUAUCUAUGAAGGAGAUUAUGGAAUCUGCUGACUGGUCUAGGGAGACUACAUUUACCAAACAUUACUUGGCGGAUUUGAAUAUUAAUUUCAUUGAUGUUUAAGACAAUAAGAAUUGUCUUGUUUAAUAUAUACAUAUAUAUAUUUUCGUUUUUUGCGAGUUUGCAAGGAUAUUUAAGUAUAUUUUUGAUCGGAUUUGGAGGGUAUAUUAUAUUUUGGUAUUAUACACAUACCUACAGAUAAGGAACUGUUAGUAUUUGUACAGUAAACAGUGUAAAUACAGUGGGAUUUUUUAAUACAGUGGUUAUGUUCAUAUUGGAUUGAAACUUAUUCAUGCAGUUUUUGACAUACCUAAUGAAUUGUUCCAAGUUUGGAUUCGUCAGAGGUAAGUUCUUUUAAAAUUUCUUUAUUGUUAUUUGAUGUUUAAAAUGUUAUGGAUGGAUUUCAACUUGAAUCUCCCUCCACCAGUAAUUCUUUAACUGCUUUAUAAUCAGAUAUUAAUCCUAAAUGUAAUGUCAGGUAAGUAUUUCAUGAAAUAAAAUUGAAAAAUUUGUAUUUCAAGUUAUAAUUUUAUGAAUAAAUACUUACCUGACAUUACAUGAUCCCUCCCAUCCACCCCACAGAUUUCAAGUUUCCAUAGGGCCGUUAGGCGCAAAAAUGGAAAACUGAUUUCACGUGGGAAUACCGGAAGUGUGUUCUGGUUGGUUAAAACUUCAGGAAGUUAUUUGUUUCAAUGCAUUAUGGAUGUAAACAAAUGCACACUUCCGGUUAAGCGAGUUCAAAAGGUAGGACGAAAUGAAAUCCUAAAUGUAAUGUCAGGUAAGUAUUUAUUCAUAAAAUUAUAACUUGAAAUACAAAUUUUUCA